AAUCAGCGCGUACAAGCAAACACUCACAGCGCUUGGCACCCACACAUCCAUUGACUUGCCAAUAGACCUCGAAAAGAGGAGGCGAGACACAAAAAGCACUUGCAAAAAGUCAUGGCAGGCCAUGCACGCGAUCCAGCAACCACCCUCCUUACACUCCUCGCCCUCCUCACAACACACUCAGCCCUUCUCUUCCUCUCCUACACGUGCCUUUGUCUUCUUUCACGCGCACCUAUUCGACCGCUAGCGCGCGUCUGGGACUGGCGCUUUUGUUCAUGGCAAAUCGAACCUUAUGCCUUGCGAUUCGGUUUAGCGCACCUCGCUGCAGCCGCUGCGACGAUCCCUGCAAUCGGCCGUAUUGUUCAACGAUCAAAACUCGUGCUUGAUUUUGCAUUGACAACGCAAGCGUUUACGUUGCUCUUUAGUUGGCUACAAACAGGGGCGUUUCCGUGGAGUGCAUCUUGGUGGUUGUUGUGGCUUGUGACGAGUGCGUUGUUGGUCUUUGGCGGUGAGUGGGUGUGUAUGCGACAGGAACUCAAGCCCAUGACGUUUGGAAGGGCGGAAGGCGACGAAGAUACAGCGAUGGAGGUCUUGCAUGAGUUUGUGGAGGAAGACGAAGAAGCCGACGAAGAGGCACAGGUGGGUCUUCAAGCGUUACAGCAGGAAGGGAUGGGUGCAUCACGGACGAGCAUGCAAGGUGGACGACGGAGUCUACAGGCUGGACGUCGGAGUCUUCAGGAAACAACAGAGCUGGAGAUGCAAGACAUGAAGAAGGCAAAGGCAUGACACUUUUAGCAAUAGACUGUACAAGACAACCUUAAUGAAUCCACCGGUAAUACAGAGAUACAAGUAA